CGGUACCGAACCCGUUGUAAGGGGGAGCUGGGGGAAUUCCCGGCUGUAAGGUUUACCGAGAGGCCGGUAUCUCAAGCCAUUUUUUUUGUGUUGCUGCUUUCCCGAAGACAGCUCCAACUCCUGAGCAGCGUCUGUCUGUGUAUGUGUGUGUGAGAGAGAGAGAGAGAGAGCGCGCCGGUCGCUAUCCUCCAGCAGAAACAGACUCUCUGGGCUAACACUGGUGAAGGAAGAUGACCCUCUGUGUUCCUUUGCUCUGCGUUCCCCUGCUGGAUGUCAUUGCUACCUGGACUCUGAACCUGGCUCUGUGUCACUGGGGCCUGGCUGAGCCAGUGCUGGCUCUCUGGCUGCUCUCGCUGCUGCGUGUGGGUCUGCUGACUGUCAUGCUGCAGGCCUGCUCGCUUUCCCAGUCCGAGCUGCCGGCCUGGCUGCAGCCCCAGGAGCUCUCCUGGAUACUGCUCGUUUCCAGCCUGCUCACUCCGGCCUACGUCAGCCUGUCAGCCGCCGCCGGCCUCCCCUCCGCUGAGAUGCUGUACGGGCUGCACAACUGGAGCGCCCUGGCCCUCAACUAUGCCAGCACGGGCCUGGUCUUCCUCCUGCGCUGGCACUUCUUUCCCCCUAGCUCCGACGGGCAGCCCGUGGGCGAGGCCGGCUCCAAGGCCACCCUGUCUCGACUGCUGGCCUGUAUGAAACCCAACAUCGGCCACUUCCUCCUAGUGGCUCUGUUCCUGGUCCUGUCUUCACUGGGGGAGAUGGCGAUACCCUAUUACACUGGCCGGAUGACCGACUGGGUGAUGAACGAGGACGACCCAUCAGCGUUCACCAACUCUAUCAUCGCAAUGUCCCUGAUCACCAGCGCAAGUGCUCUGACAGAGUUUAUCUGUGACUGUGUCUACAAUGUUACAAUGACGCGUAUCCACACACGUAUCCAGAGCUCCGUGUUUCGAUCAGUGGUCAAGCAGAAGAUUUGUUUCUUUGACACAGAGCACACAGGUGACAUCACAUCCCGGAUCACCACGGAUACGAACACUAUGAGUGAGUCACUGACCGAGAAAUUGAGCCUGUUGAUGUGGUACCUGAUGCGGGCCUUCUUUCUCCUGAUCUUUAUGGUCAAGCUGUCCUUUAAACUGACCUUGUUCAGCAUCAUAGGCAUGUUCAUCAUCAGUAUCGUCCCGAAGUACACCGGCAAAUACUACCAGAAACUGGCAGUCGAUGUUCAGGAAUCCCUGGCCAAGGCGAACGACGUGGCGAUGGAAACCUUCUCCUCAAUGAAGACUGUGCGGAGCUUUGCCAAUGAGGAUGGCGAGUCUCGUCGCUAUAGUGACCGGCUGGAGGACACAUACCGCCUCAACAAGAAGGAGGCAGCAGCCUACGCUGGCUUCAUGUGGACCAACAGCCUGUCAGACCUGGCGUUGAAGGUCACCCUGCUCUACAUCGGAGGUUGCCUGGUCUCAGGAGGCAGUGUUUCGAGUGGGACUCUCGUCUCCAUGAUCUUCUACCAGCUACAGUUCACCACUGCCAUCGAGGUGCUGAUCUCUGUCUAUCCCAAUGUGAAGAAAGCUGUUGGGGCAUCAGAGAAGGUGUUUGAGUACAUAGACCAGCCGCCUGAUCCCGCUACACUGGGCACCUUGGCACCACAGUCACUCCGGGCACACGUCGAGUUCCGGAAUGUAACCUUCUCGUACCCGAAACGACCAAACACACCCGUGUUGAAGAACGUCUCCUUUGAGCUGAAGUGUGGUGAGAUCACGGCCCUGGUGGGACCCUCCGGAGGGGGUAAGACGACGUGUGUGAACCUGCUGGAGAGGUUUUAUCAACCUCAGUCCGGACAGAUCCUGCUGGAUGGCAGACCCAUUGAGGAAUAUGAACAUAAAUAUUACCACAGCAAGGUGGCACUGGUGAGUCAGGAGCCGGUGCUUUUCGCUCGCUCAGUGGAGAGGAACAUUGCGUAUGGCCUGGACCAGCAGCCACUGCCAUCUACAUUGGAGGAGGCAGCUACCCGCGCUGAUGCUCACCACUUCAUCACCACACUGCAGGAGCAAUACAAGACUGAUGUCGGUGAGAAGGGCAAACAGCUCUCCGGGGGUCAGAAGCAGCGAGUGGCCAUUGCCCGAGCUCUGAUCCGACACCCCCUUGUCGUGAUUCUCGAUGAUGCUACCAGCUGCCUGGACGGAAUCAGUGAGAACACGGUGCUACAGUCUGUGUACAAUGGUAACCGGCAGCGUGCAGUGUUAGUCAUUGCUCACCGUCUCAGUACCAUCGAGAGGGCUGACCACAUUGUGGUGUUGGAGGCUGGCACCGUGGUGGAGGAAGGCACACAUCAGGAGCUGCGGGAAAACGGCGGCUGUUACCAGCGGCUGCUCCAGAAACACUUCCAGGGCUUUGGAAAGAUUACGGAAGAGGAAGAGCCUGAGCUAUUGGAGAACUGAGGGAGUCCGUCAGGUCCAGGAGCUGGAGACAGGCUGGGAGGUCACAGUACACAGGGACUGACGGAGACAGAGAGACUGGGUGUGGACAGACAGACAAUGACAGCACAGAGAGACAGACAAAAACAUAGACAGAGACACAGACAGAGAUAUUUACAGACAAACAGGGACAGACAGACAGACAGAGAGGUGGACAGAAACAUGGACAGAGAGACAGACAGACAGACAAUGACACCACCUUGAGACAGAUAGUCAGAGAUAGAGAUGUGGACAGACAGGCAGAGAUGUAGACAGAGACAGAGAGAAGCCAGUCACGACAGACCAGUUCAAAGACUGAUGGAGCUCACAUUCAGUGACAGAUCGGGUCAGAGGCCAGUCCGGGUGACUGGAAAUCCAUUUUUUAUUACUGUACAUGCUUACACUUCCUGACUUUGUUUUGUAAAUUCUCCGCGUUGUAAAUUGUCCAUGAAUUAUUAUGUCAUUCGAUGCUUGACGUUGAGUGUAUUUUCGACUGUAGAUACUGUUCAAUAAAAGUUGUUUCUGUAACCCCACGGGUUGGAAAUCUGCAGGUUAAAA